AUGACUCAGCCAGCGGCGGGCAAGCCCACCGCCGGUGUGCUCCAGAUUCCUGCAGCAGCCACCCAAAAAUCGAUUUCAUCUGCACCCACGAAAAAGGCUCCUAAGCCCCCGACGCCGCGCUUGAAGCUUCUUGUGCGCCGCUUGCCCCCAGGGCUCACUCAAGCUGAGUUUGAAGCCGCCCUCGGCGAGGAAUGGCGGGUGGGUGCGGGCAAGGUUGACUGGCUCCAAUACAAGCCAGGCAAGGUUUCGAAGGAUCCUGCCAAACCCUCUCGUCCAUCCCGAGCCUACCUGCAUGUGGUUUCCAGCGAGCAAGUCGGGCCGCUGUCGGACCAAGUGCGACAGGCCUCAUUCCAGGAUGCCCGUAAUACGACGCAUGAUCCGGUUCUCCUUGGCCCUCCCAGCUUGGAGUUUGCGCCAUACGCCAAGACCCCUGGCAGUCGUGUUCGCAAAGAUGCCCGCCAGGGCACCAUUGAUCAAGAUCCCGAUUUCAUUGCCUUCCUCGAAAGCCUGACGCAACCCAUUGCCAAACCGACCACUGUGGACCUACUUGAGCCUGAGGAGAAGAAAGAGGCGGUGGUGAUGACACCUCUGGUGCAGUUCAUCAAGGACAAGAAGGCAAGCAAAGCCAAAGAGAGUGGAUUCUCCAAGUCCUCUAAGCGAGCCGAAAAGGAAUCAAAACAGGAGAAGGUUCAGGCCAAAAAGCUUCUACAGCGACCCGAUAAGGAGUCGGCUUCUGGAUCUGCUUCGGAGAGAAAAGGCAAGGGCGAAAAGACAAGCAAGGAAUCCAGCAAGGCGUCCAAGCAAGCUAGUGGAACUACAACUACGAAGAGCGGAAAGGGGAGCGGCACGAAUACUGCGAAAGAUACUCCCUCCACCAUGGCCUCCGAGCGCAAGAGGGAACGAGGCAAUGUGACCGCGGCGGCCAAGAUCUUGCAGCGAGACCUGGGACUGACCACCUCCGGAGGUCGACGAAGGGGCAAAGGCGGAGCCAACGAUACCGGCUCCCCCAAAAAUGAGAGUCCACAUGAGUCUCCGGGAUGGAGGAGAUUCUCAAUCACCAGUCUCGCGAGCUCCCAACACCACGUCGUCGCCGGUGACAUCCAACCCCCCGCCAAGUCCAGCAAGAACGCGAAGAACAAGACCGCCGCUGCCUCCGCGACCCCAACCGCCACCCAGGCGUUCCUCAAACACGCGAAUCCCUCUCAGGGAGUGACCGAGGCGCUGUUGGAAACCGCGUUCGCCGCGUUUGGCGCCGUGACCAAGGUGGAGAUUGAUAAGAAGAAAGGAUUUGGGUAUGUGGACUUCGCCGAGCCGGACGGAUUGCAGAAGGCCAUGGCUGCCAGUCCUGUCUCGGUCGCCCAGAGCCAGGUCGUGGUGCUGGAACGCAAGGCCAAUCCGGGUGGGGAGAAGUCGAAGAAGGGCGGACGAGGAGGAGACGGCGCGUCCGCGACGGGCGGCAAAACCAAGAGUGGUAACAGCGAAGGAAAUGGGAGCGGUGGCGGCGGCGGAGCCGGAGGAUCUGGAGGAUCUGGAGGAUCUUCUCGGGGUCCUCGAGGCGGCCGCGGACGCAACAAGGGACCGAAGGGAGCCGGAGGAGGUGAAGGGUCGAAGGGCGGUGGUGCGCCUGCAACUCCGACGGAGAAGAACGGAUCGGAGAAGUAG